UAGUGUAGAAAAAAAAUUCAAAAAAUCAUCAUGUUUCUGUUGCAAAUACUGUACUCCAAAUUAAUUUUCAAUUGUUAUGGUUAAAUAUUGCAGAACAUUGAUGUAAAAAGUACAUUCCAUUGUAAGCAAUAUUAUAGAAAUAAAAAGUAUAAUAACAGUUUUGUCGGCCAUUUGAGUCACCAUGAGCCAAAAGGUGAAACCAGGGAGCACGAAAGGAGAUGUUUCUUAUCUCCGCGCCACAGCACCACCUGCGGGGCCACCACUUCCCAUAUCACCACCACCGAUGAGAGAGGGCAACAUAACUCCUGUAUCUCAAAUGUCUAGCAUGGAUGAAUGGGACGACCGGGAUGAAUUCCGUAUGAGGGAACUUGAAGAAGCUAGAGCUCGAGCAACACAGAUGGAAAAGACAAUGCGUUGGUGGUCAGAUUGUACUGCCAAUUGGAGGGAAAAAUGGAGCAAAGUUCGUAAUGAAAGAAAUAAGGCUCGUGAAGAAAACAGACAAUUACGUGCAAAAUUAGAAGCAUUAGUUAAAGAAUGUACACAGUUAAAACGAGAAAGACAAGAAUUUUGUGCAGAAACUAUCAAACUGAAAAAACAACUUGGAAUGGAUGUUGAUUCUACUGUUUUAGAGAAUCCCAGGCCAGAGUUAUCUCCUGUUAGUGAUAGAUCUGCACAGCUAGCAGACAAUUCCAGCGAGGAAGCUAAAGAUUUACAAGCUUUAUCUCCGACCAGAACUAAAACAAAAACUGAAGUGAACAAUUUGAAUAUCAAUGUUGAACAACAAAAGUCACAAUCAAGACCAAAAAUGUUUGACGAACUUUCAAAUGAGUCAGACGGAAGUCUAGCUGAAGAGAAAAAGGCCCUAUAUGAACUGAAGCUGGAUGAAGCACAAAAGACGUUGCUUGGUGAAAGAGAUGAAAAAACAAUGUUGAUGAAAUCCAUUGAAAAACUUCAAUUAGAUCUGAACUCGAUGAAAUCAAAGUAUGAAGAUCUGAAGCAUUCCAAACAGGACUUAUUAGUACAGCUGAAUAAAAUCAAAGAUGACCAUAAGGAAGAGAUUAGUAGAAUUACCAUGGAGAUGGACGAGGAGUCAAGUAACAGGUCGGCCAUGGACAAACGUCUCGGAGAGUUAAGAAGAGAGUUGGAAAGACUUCAAAGAGAAAAUGCUGAUGAGUGGGGUAAGCGAGAGAGAUUGGAGACAGAAAAAUAUGGUCUAGAACGAGAAAACAAAAAGAUUCGGAUCCAGAUUGAAGACCUGGAGGAGCAGUUACAGAGAAAGACUCAGCAGACGUCGGUUGUUGUUGACUCGGACAUGAGGACACUUCAGAAUGAUCUGUCAGAGAAAAAUAAGGAGUUGAAUGAUCUUCGUCACAUCCACGGUAAGUUGAAGAAAACACUGCAGGAGAAACUUACAGAAUUAGACCACACAAAGAGACGUGGGGAGCAGUACGAGAUUGAAGUCAAGAAACUUCGAGGCAGGAUUGAAGAACUGAAGAAGGAUCUUGCUAAUGCAGAAGAUGAGGUUGACACCCAGGCAAACAUGGUCCGCAAACUACAGAGGACUAACGAUGAACUUCAGGAGGAAAUGGAGAAUCUACAGGUCCAAUUGGAUCACACACAGAGCAGGUUGAAACAUACAACACAAAAUAUGAGUAUAGAUCAGUCAGUGCUCAGACUUAAACGGUCCAGUCAGUCGGCGUUGUCACAGCGGGCAGCCAGCCUACGCUCAUUUGACCCCAAUGAUCAGGACGACCCUUAUGACAGUGACCUUGACCCCGAUGAUGACCUUGGUGAUGAGCCUUAGCAGUGUCAGCAAACACACCUGGAUGAUCCUCAUUGAAUGUACCUGCAAUAUUUAUCAAAAGUUUUCAAAUGUGAUUUAAAUCACUUUAAAAAUUGUCACUAGCUAUGUACUUCCUCAAAAUGACAGUUGCAUAUCUACAGGCUGAAUUAAGCCAUAUUUGGUUCACAGGGACUUGGCAAAAUUCUAUACCACACACUGUACAUUGUAUGUGUAUGGACUGUGGGGUUGGGAAUUUUUCCCCUGUGAUAUGGCUCAUUCAUAUCAACUUUAUUUCUUGCAAUACCACUCCUUUGCCAAAUUUUAAUUAUUUGUAUUGUGUACAGAUAUUUUCCGUAUGUUGUGUUGCAUGUUAUUGCAAUUUUUUUUUUUUUACAUUUUGUGCUGAAAUAUCAGGUAAGCAAAGCAGGACUGGCUGUGGCUAAAUUUGCUUUUUGGAUAUUUCAUGAAUAUUUCUGAUUUACGUAAUCAUACUUUAAUUGAAGUACAUGACGUGUUACCCUUACUUGUUUGACCUGUGGUAGCACUGGUUUGAAAACCUUCAGGGUUGCAUGAAUAUUCAUAUUAUUAUCAAUGAUCAAAAUGCUUCUUAUUAAUGAAACUAAUAUCUUCCCAAACAAACCAAAGAUCAUAUAAAACGACAUUUCUGAUUGGUCAGAUUUUCUGAGCCAUUUCCUACAGAACCAAUCAAAUUACUGGAUUUGGUUCAUGAAUAAUUCAUGCAUACCAAACUUUUGUGCCAGUGCCCCCAUGGAAUCAAUCGAAGUUAUGUGAAAGACAGAUCACUUGGUUACCAACGAUGGAAUAACCAGGUUACAGAUAAGAUAGUUUUCUCUGGAUCUGACAGUUAAUAAUGAUAUGGUAACGUUUUAACUAUAAUAAUAUUGUUAUAUAUAGGUCUAUUUUCUGGAAGAUUAUUUCAGAGAAGUCAGAAAUAGCAUUUCUCAAAGUUAUAUAAUAUGAAUUAAGACAAAGAUUUUAAUCUGGUUUAGUUUAAUUUUAUUCUAUGUUUUGAUUAGUUUAUAAAUGUUACAGCAUUAGAUUUAUAAUCAUUUACUUUAAUAUUUAGGUUUGUUGAAACAAAUUCAAACAUAAAAUGUAUUCAAAAUGAUUUUAAUUAAAGAUGAACAUUGUACAUUACAUCAUAUAAUAACCAUGUGUUAAAAAGGUUUUAAAUUCCAAAAGGAAUUUGGAAAUUGGUGACAAGUACUCACGUUAAGUGGCUGCACGUACACAUUGCAGGGUUCAGGAUCAAAGAGACCGCUCUCUGACACCCGCAGGAUUAUAUACUAACUCACGUGCGAAAUGAGUUCCAACCAAGGGAGAUAACUCCCUGAUUUUCACUACAAUAUUCAUUGCUUGGGAAGAUUUGAGGCAGAAAACAUGUAAGAUAUGAUAUGAUGAUGUUGACAGUAUACUGGAGCUUAUAGCACAUGGCAGAAAACUACAAUCGUGUAAAUCAAA